CUCAAGCUCCAGCUCAACUAUCACACGACCUGUGUUUUAUCCGGCAACCCGUUGUUUUUUUAAUGUCAAUAAUCCUGGUUUGGUCGCCCUUUUGAAAAUGUCGAUUGGAGGAUGUAUUUCACCAGGUUUUUCAUUCAUAAAAAAGUGAUUGGUUGUUCCAAGUGCAGGAUGCGGCGGCGGUGGUGUCCGGGCUCUCUCGUGCACCUGUUGCGCUGGAUGCUGUUGCGGCUGUGUCCCAGGAGACGAGGAUGCCAGCUGCCUCUGUGGAUGUUGAAAAUACAGGCCUACUUGAAACUAUUGCUGCACUCACUUUUUUAUAACUCGCUCACAGAUUCAAACGUGGUUUUUGACUCCUUGUUUGAGCCUUUGUUAUGGACUGUGGAUUAUCUUACACGCUCGUUUGGCUUGGUGUUUGUGUGGAUGGUGGUCGUACUGACCACCUCCAUCUUGCUGGUCGCCUACAUCGUCCUUUUGCCUAAUGCACUCAGGACAUAUCCUACCGCAUGGCUAGUCUGGCACCUUUGUUACGGACACUGGAACCUAGUCAUGAUCGUCUUUCAUUACUACAAGGCCGUCAAGACCGCCCCAGGGCACCCGCCUUCUGAAAAAAAUGACAUUCCCUUUGUAUCUGUCUGCAAAAAAUGUGUCAUUCCGAAACCAGCGAGAGCGCAUCACUGCGGUAUCUGCAACAGGUGUAUUCUCAAAAUGGACCAUCACUGUCGUAUCCUUUCUCACGUCCAGUGUGUAAAGUCCCACAGUGGCACAAGAGUCGUUUUCAUACUUAAUGUCUUCCACUCAGCCUGGUUGAAUAAUUGCGUCGGUCAUUUGAAUCACCGUUAUUUCUUCUCCUUCUGCGUCUUCAUGACGUUGGGCUGUAUCUACUGCAGCUUGAGCGGCAGAAUCCGUUUCCUGGCUGCGUACAAUGCCCUUGAGCGUUUUAAGCAUUUGGAAAUGGAAAAAGCAGGGGUUCCCGUAACAGGGAUGGGACCUUUAAUAGGGCUUCUCCCCACUGGCCAGACUGACUAUGCCACACCUGCGCCUCCAUACUCUUUCAAGGAAAAGAUCAUGGAUAAGGGCAUCAUCUACAUGUGGGUGCUCACCAGCACAGUAGCAGUGGUCUUGGGAAUACUGACCACGUGGCACGCACUUCUAAUAUCACGUGGUGAAACCAGCAUAGAGCGGCACACCAACUCAAAAGAAAAGAGUCGAAUGAAAAGAAUGGGACAGGUGUACAAAAACCCAUUCAACUACGGCAAGCUGCAUAACUGGAAAGUCUUCCUCGGUGUGGAGAAGAGAAGUCACUGGGUCACACGUGUCCUGCUGCCCUCAGCUCACCUACCAUUCGGUGAUGGCCUGACGUGGGACAGCUACCCUAUCAAAAAAGAACCAAUACUAGUUUAAGCUGUCAAGCUGCUAUGUUGCAUUAAAUGGGGUACACGCACACGAUUUCCUCUCCCAAACCAGGUUUCUGCAUAGUACCAAGACUGACCUGUCAGAGGCCCCGGGCAUCCAGUUUUCCGAAGAAUCCAAAGAAGAAGAAACCUAUUACCUGAUCUGAUCACUGUUUUUAUGGUGAAUGGCUUGUGAGACAUGUUCUACAAACAUUCAACUCAAUCAGUUGCUCUUUGAUUUGUUUUUUUUUGUUUUUUUCCGACAAUGCAAACUACAGGUUGCUUACUAAUUCCAUUUCAUGUCACAAUCACAGUCAGUGGUUCGGCUGACUUCUUUGUUCACCACACAAGUAAGGAAUUGUGAUCUCCCAAAAAUUCAACCUGCUUAAAAUUUACCCCCGACCGUUUUCUGAGCAGGCCAGGGAGGAAAAAAAAAUCACUCCAAACACAGAAACGGUUCAAAUUCGGCCUGCUGAUCAGUAUGUGUGUACCCCACUUUAAGGCUGGCUUCAAGAUGGAUCCUGGCGGAAGUAAAGAAAAUUGGGUGAUAACAACCUCGGAUACCUCAAAAACACUGUGGAAUCUAACUGAGUAUGAUAUUUUAUCAUUCACUUUGAUUGAAUUGAAGCCAAUAAUUUAAUGAUUUUAACUGCUCAUAUCCUUCCUGAGCUAAUAUAGUACUUGACGUGCCAGAUAAACACCACAGUAAAAUGUUUUUAUUUAUCUGUAUUGUUUUUAUUUGUUUAAAUUAAUAAAUCUUGUUUAAAUAACUACA